GGUCGCUUCAUUUUUUGCGUUUUUUCACUUUUUGUAUCCCACUCCUCGGCAACACGCUGCAUGGUGCACUUGGCAUCUUUUCAACAUGUUCCUCAAAACAACAACACUUGCACUCACAGCAGUGAUAACGCUCCCUUCUCAUCUUGUCUCUUGUGCCACGGGUGAGGCACAGUCUCUCUUGGCUGUUACAAGUCAAGGAAUCCUUCGGCCGCCAAGUCGGCGACGGGCUGCGAACUCGAUCCUUUUUCAAGUCCUGAUCUUCGAUGAUUCUUCGAUGCUCGUUUCGAAACGUUCUCUGUUCUCACAAACGCAUAAUGACAAGGGCCUGCUAAAGAUCAGAUUCGAUGAUACGCUGCCGAUCUUUUCGUGACCACUCGGUGCCAAGCGAAGGACCCAGGUUCCUGGAUUGAGCCUCCCGCCGUGCCUCCCAUUGCAGCAAUCUGGCCGGUCAUCGAAUUGUUGCAGACGCGCGGGGUUGGCCUUAAACCGGAGUCAGCACCAUCACAUCCUCCGUGCCCGACAACACCCAAAACCAUCACCAACUAUGCCCGAUGGAGC